AAGGAUGCAAAUAUGGUGUUUGAUUUUAUUACCUUAAGACCAGAGACAACUCAUCAAGUCAUGUUCCUAUUCGACCGAGGCAUUCCAGAUGGUUACCGCCACAUGAAUGGCUACGGCUCGCACACAUUCAAGUUGGUCAACGAUAAAGAUGAAGGUGUCUACUGUAAAUUCCACUGCAAGACGGAUCAAAAAAUAAAAAACCUUCCAGUCGAGAAAGCUGCACAACUCGCAUCAAGUGACCCUGACUACUCUAUCCGAGACUUAUAUAAUGCCAUUGCUACAAAAGACUUUCCCUCUUGGACCAUGUACAUUCAAGUCAUGACAUUCCAGCAAGCCAAGAGUUACAGAUGGAACCCAUUCGACCUCACAAAAGUUUGGCCACAUUCCGAUUUCCCACUAAUCCCUGUUGGCAAAUUGGUACUGAACCGUAAUCCUGAGAACUACUUUGCAGACGUUGAGCAAGCUGCGUUCAGCCCCUCUCAUUUGGUCCCAGGAGUUGAACCAAGUCCGGACAAAAUGCUUCAAGCUCGACUUUUCUCCUACGCAGACCUUCACCGUCAUAGGCUAGGGGCCAACUACUUACAGUUACCGAUCAACUGCCCGUAUCGCAGCCGAAUUUCAAAUCAGCAAAGAGAUGGACCUCAGUCAUACUACAACGAAGGUGGUGCACCAAACUACUAUCCUAACAGCUUCAGAGGGCCUGAACCAAGUGGCCAUGCUGCCCUCUCCAAAUCCUCUGUUUUUGGCGAUGUUCAAAGGUAUGAAACUGGAAAUGAUGACAAUUUCUCUCAAGCAACAUUAUUCUGGGAAAAGACUCUGAACGAAGAAGAAAGAUGCAGGCUUGUAGCCAAUCUUGCCGGACAUUUGAAAGAAGCAGCCGAGUUUAUUCAGGAGCGAGCAGUCAAAAACUUUACCCAAGUACACCCAGACUUUGGUGAACAACUAGCUAAAGCAUUGAAAAUCACCGUCACUCAAAAGUCCAGCCUCUAACUUCAUCCUUCAACCAACAUAAUUAUUUUUUAAAAUUCUAAAAGGUCCACUUGGAAUCGUGCAAGUUAUCUUUUUAUGGCAUUUCGUGCCAUCAAGCAAUUUUAAAAUUGUUUCGUAUUUUUUUAUCAACUACUUAAUGUUUAUUCAUAAUGUAUCAGCUGUACAGUUCUUAUAAUCACGUUUCCCAGCAGUUGUCAGAAUUGUGGUUCUUGAUGCAACGGUGAUUUGUAGUGCAUAAUUGAUUUUUUUAAGACCAUCUCAGUUCUUUCUCAGGUUUUUAUACUUCUAUUUUUAUUUUUGGUAAGUGUUGUUUUUACCUGUAAGUUGAACUCAUCAAAAUAAAUGUAUUGUUAAUUUUUA